ACGCCAGCAAUCGAAUUCUGACCGACUUUAUAAGACUUACGACUUGGGCACGUUAAGUCACGUAGGUCGUAGUGCACAGUUUGUUUGGAAGCUUCGAUGCGAGCAAACGCGAUAUUAAUUACUGCAAAGAAAACAUAAAGAAUACGAAAUAAAAAUAAGUUCAAUUACAAAAUACAUACACAUACAUACAGCAUAUACAGAGCUAUGUAUAAAAUGCAGUUAGUUUGGCUGAAGCUCUUGCUGCUGAGCUGCCUGUGGCCUGGCUCUCACCUGCAGCCCUUGGGCUACAAUGAACUGGAGCUGUUGUUUGAAGAGCAGCAGCAGCAGCAGCAGCAACUGCUCGAGGAGGAUGACUUGGAUAUGACGCAGGUUAAUUGGAGAGCGAUGAUACCGCUGCUGUUGCAACGUCAGCAGUUGCGGCUCUGCGUCGCUGUUUACCGUUACGAGCCGCGCCUGGUCGCCGGAACACCUUGCGAAAUGCUGCUGGGCAGCGGACUGAUGGCGUACUGUGACAUCGGCCAUAUCGAGGAUCUAAGCAUAACAAUGCGCGAUGCAUUUGGCGGCAUGCUGUUCGAUACGCUGCAAAAAUGUCGGCCCGGCAUGGAAAUCUUUGGUGUGCGUUGCCGACGACGUGCCUGACUUGCCUUGACUAUGAGCCAGAAAAAUGGAUUUUAACUGAAUUGCUAAUUCAGUUUACUGCAGUAGCAGUCGCUCUAGUUCUUUCUCUCUCUCUCUCUCUCUCUCUAUGUUUCUCUCUGUUGUGCGCUGUGUCUGUUUUCGUGUCCCUUGUCAUUUCAAUGUGUCAAUAAAAAUACGAUGUGGGUGAAGGCCUGGGCCUGGGCUGUCGACCAAGUCCGAGUCCGAGUCUGUGUCCUUGUUGAGUUCCAGCAUCAUGACAAAUGA